AUGUCUGCUAUUUGUGCUGCUUCAAACUGUGGGAAGGAAACUACUUCUUCCUUGAAAUGUCCGGUCUGUUUAAAAGAAGGUAUAACUAACGUUUUUUGUAAUCAAAUUUGUUUCCGUAGUAACUGGGGAAGUCAUAAAGCUAUUCAUAAGAAUGAAGACGGUUCGAAUGAAUCUUAUAAUCCAUUCCCAAGCUUUAACUACACUGGUGAAUUGAGACCAAGUUAUCCAUUAACUCCAAGAAGAGCCAUUCCAAAGCAUAUUAAGGUACCCGACUAUGCUCAGAAUGGAAGGCCGAUUAGUGAAAUCAAGAACGAUAGAGUUGGUAAGAUAACUAUAUUAAGUGCAAAAGAAAUUGAAAAGAUUAGAAAAGUAGGUAAAUUGUCUAGAGAAAUUUUAGAUAUUACUGCCAGUCAUAUUAAACCAGGUAUCACAACUGAUGAAUUGGACGCAAUCUUGCAUAAGGAAUGUAUCAAGAGAAACGCCUACCCAUCUCCUUUGAACUACUAUAAUUUCCCCAAAUCCAUUUGUACAUCCGUCAAUGAAGUAAUCUGUCACGGUAUUCCAGAUCAACGUAAAUUAGAGGAUGGUGAUAUAAUUAAUUUAGAUGUGACUAUUUACUACUUGGGAUUCCAUUCCGACCUUAAUGAAACCUACUAUGUAGGCGAUAAGGCUAAAUGCAAUCCUGAGAUUGUCAACUUAGUUGAAACAACUAGAGAAUGUUUAGACUUAGCAAUUCAAGCAGUUAAGCCAGGCUUAAUUUUUAGAGAGUUAGGUAACAUCAUUGAAGAGCAUGCCACAAAGAAUAAUUGUUCUGUGGUAAGAACAUACUGCGGUCAUGGUACUAAUCAAUUAUUCCAUUGUCAACCAAACAUCCCUCAUUAUGCUAAGAAUAAAGCUGUGGGUGUAGCCAAGCCAGGUAUGGUUUUUACCAUCGAACCAAUGUUGUGCCAAGGAACUUAUAGAGAUAUGAGUUGGCCUGACAACUGGACUGCUGUGACUCAAGAUGGUAAAUUUUCUGCUCAAUUCGAACAAAUGAUGCUAGUCACUGAAGAUGGAGUUGAAGUUUUAACUGCUAGAAAUGAAAAAUCUCCUGGUGGCGCUAUUCCUAGAAUUUAG